AUGGAGUCCUCCUCUGCUGUCACCAAUUCAACUGAUGCAUACUCACCGCAUCUGUUUAAACCCCAAGACAUUAUCUCCAUGGUCAUUCUCAUCCUCACUUGCCUACUGGGACUGCCGGGCAAUGGGCUGGUGCUGUGGGUGGCUGGCCUAAAGAUGAAGCGGACCGUGAACACAGUUUGGUUUCUCCAUCUCACCCUGGCCGACUUCCUCUGCUGCCUCUCCUUGCCCUUCUCCCUGGCUCACCUGAUUCUCCAAGGACACUGGCCCUAUGGCUUGUUCCUAUGCAAACUUAUCCCAUCCAUCAUCGUCCUCAACAUGUUUGCCAGUGUCUUCCUGCUUACCGCCAUUAGCCUGGACCGCUGUCUGAUGGUGCACAAGCCAAUCUGGUGCCAGAACCAUCGGAAUGUGAGAACGGCCUUCGCCAUCUGCGCAUGUGUCUGGGUGGUGGCCUUUGUGAUGUGUGUACCAGUAUUUGUAUACCGAGAGCUGAUCAGUAUAGACAAUCGUACUCUAUGUACCUAUAAUGUUGAUUCCCCCAGGCUCUUUGAUUAUUGGGACUACAAGUAUGAUAUAGAUCUACCAGAAAGCAAUUCUACUUACAACUCCAGUGCUCAGCUAACAGGACAAAUGGAUGACAGGCCUUCCUCUUUACAAAUAAGUGAUCACCUUUGGACAGCUGUCACUAGCCUCCAGUCACCAACAUUCCAAAGAUCUUCUGAAGAUCCAUUCCCUCUAGAUUCAGCAAGACUAUCUAGUCAACAACCCCAUUACAGUGUAAAAGCUCCCAGUGUGCUCACAGCCUCCACACCCAGUGGGUUUCCUGUUGAAGAUCACAGAACCAACAAACAGAACCCCGACGCUUUUCUCUCUGCUCACAUACAGAUUUCCCCUCCUGCUUCUAGCAGUUAUGUAUCUCACCUUGAGCAGUCACAAGAUUUCCAGGAUGAUUAUUUUGCCCAGUCCACGUAUAACAAUCAUGCACUAACACCUCUGGCGGCAAUGACCAUCACAAGGCUGGUGGUGGGCUUCCUGGUGCCCCUUUUUAUCAUGAUGGCUUGUUACAGCCUCAUUGUCUUCCGAAUGCGAAAAGCCAACUUCACCAAGUCUCGGAGCAAAACCUUUCGGGUGGCCCUGGUGGUGGUGACUGUCUUUUUUGUCUGCUGGACUCCAUACCAUAUUGUUGGAGUCCUUUUAUUGAUUGAUGACCUAGGAACUCCUUUGAGGCAAGCUGUGUUAUCCUGGGACAACAUGUCCAUUGCUUUAGCAUCUGCCAAUAGUUGCUUCAACCCCUUCCUUUAUGCCCUUUUGGGGAAAGACUUUAGGAAGAAAGCAAAACAGUCCAUAAAGGGCAUUCUGGAGGCAGCCUUCAGUGAGGAGCUCACACACUCUACCAGCUGUACCCAGGACAAAGCCUCUUCAAAAAGAAACAAUAUGAGUACAGAUGUGUGAAGAUGUGGAGCUGGGGACCUAAGCAGAUGUUCUCAUGGUGAGCAGGGCACUUUAGACAAUCUGGUGGCCCUCGGAGAGGGGUCUCUGACUAUUGACAUAACAUCAUUUGCAAACAUUAA